UCCCAGUUCCGGCCUCGGUCUCUUUCCUUUUCUGAUCUUCUUUCAAGCCGAAACCGUGUCGUCGAAUGCUGUUGGGCGGACCGUGGCACGCAUCGCUUCUGCGACUUGUGCCUACGAACAAGACGACCAAAGCUUCGAGCUCGAAGACUUCCACGCCCGCAGUCGCUACCCGCUUGUAACACCGGCAGAACGCACCAGCUCCAACCGCCUGCUCUCCACCUCGGACUCGCAGGCACACUCACAGGCACAAGCGAGUGGAGCAAAGAGCGGUCAAGGCCACAGACCGAGCAAACUCAGGCUACGGUUCUGGGUAGAGGCUCUCCGGCUUCGACAGGCUUCAGCGAAGGAAAGUGCGGGGGGACACAGCCAAGCGAAGAUGAAGUUCUCGCAUAGUAUUCAGUUCAAUGCGGUGCCGGAUUGGAGUGCUUAUUACAUUGCGUAUAGUAAUUUGAAGAAAUUGAUCUAUUCCCUCGAGCAGCAAGCUCGUAAAGCGAACGGCCAGGCACAUUCGGAUGUCGAAUCCGCGCCGCUGUUGAGCGAGACGCCCACGCCCGAUGCGGUGUUCCGACGGGCUCUGAACGCAGAGCUGGAGAAGAUAUGUACCUUCUACGAAGUCAAGGAGUCGGAGAUACUCAGGGAGGUGGAGGACGUGGUCCGCGAUGCCGAGGAGUACUCGUCCAAGGCGGACGGGGCGGACGUGGACCCCAUGAGCGACGCCAUGAUCAAAGCGCGGAGGAUGAGCACUGGCUCGCGCCCGCGCACGGGCGGCUCGUACCGCGAUUUCCCGGCGGAGGAGACCAGACGGCGGAGCGCAGUUAGCGAGGAUGACGACGAUGAUGAUGAUGACGACGAGGAUGCGGCGGAUAGCGAUGACGAGCAGCAGCCGCCGUCCGGGCAGAGACCGGUGCUGUCGACGACACGCUCGGAUCUGAGCGAUUCGAGACUCAUGGCCGACUCGAGGCUUCUGGGGUAUGGCGCGCGAACAAACAGUCGGCAUGAUGAGUAUUGCAGGGAUCCGAGGUUUUUGGAUCUGUACAACGAGGGCUUGUCGCUGAAGCAGCGGGCCGUGAAUGCCUAUGUCUCGCUGUGCGGGCUCAAGUCGUACAUCCAGCUGAACAAGACUGGCUUCUCCAAGGCUUUGAAGAAGUUCGACAAGAUCCUCAACCUCAAUUUGCGGCGGGAGUACAUGAGCUCGACCGUGUCUCCAGCUUAUCCUUUUACGGAUUCGACCACGAAGAAGAUCGACGACGAGAUCGCCAGGAUCGAGCAGCUCUACGCGGACGUGAUUACGGGCGGCGACCUGCCGCUGGCCAAACGGGAGCUCCGAUUGCACUUGAGGGAGCACGUUGUCUGGGAGCGGAAUACCGUCUGGCGAGAGAUGAUUGGCAUUGAGCGCAAGGCCCAGGCCGCGAAUGUCGGCAUCCGUCGGACACUGCUGGGAGUGGAUGAGGACCCCGCCGCCGCGCGACGACAGGGCGAUGAGCAGGAGGUUGCAGCCAAAGAGUUCGAGACGCCGUUUGGUCGCUAUCGCGUGCCCGAGUGGCUCUGCAGCUUGAGUUUCGGGACUCUGAUCGUCAUUCUGGCUGUGUUUGUCAUCCUGCUUUAUGCCCCGAUCAUGGAUAAGCCGGAGCAGCAGAAUUGCCUGGCGAUGCUUGUGCUUGUCAGUCUGUUGUGGGCCACGGAGGUCAUUCCCCUCUUUGUGACGUCCCUUCUGAUACCCUUCCUGGUGGUCAUGCUGCGCAUUAUGAAGUCUGCGGAGAAGCCUUACCAGCGUCUGGGACCGAAGGAAGCCACGGGCGCGGCUUUCAGCGCGAUGUGGACGCCGGUGAUCAUGCUCCUGCUGGGAGGAUUCACCAUCGCCGCGGCGUUGUCCAAGUACGACAUUGCUCGUCGGAUGGCCAUGUUUGUGCUGAGCAAGGCCGGAUCCAAUCCCAAAGUUGUUCUGCUGACGAACAUGUUUGUGAGCAUGUUUCUUAGUAUGUGGAUUAGCAAUGUGGCCUCGCCGGUUCUCUGCUACUCCAUUAUCCAGCCUCUGCUGCGCAACCUUCCGCCUAAUUCCGACUUUGCCAAGGCCCUUGUGCUGGGCAUUGCACUGGCUGCGAAUGUUGGAGGCGCGGCGUCGCCGAUUGCGUCGCCCCAGAACAUCAUUGCGCUGCAGAACAUGUACCCGAGUAUCAGCUGGGGGACCUGGUUCUUCAUCUCGCUGCCCGUCUGCAUCAUCUCGAUCCUUUUGAUUUGGAUCCUCUUGCUGGCGACGUUCCACCCCAGCCGGGGCACGACCAUUGUCCCGAUCCGACCGGUCAAGGACAAAUUUUCGGGCGUGCAGUACUUUGUCACGAUUGUGACGCUGUCCACCAUUGUGCUGUGGUGUGUCAGCCAUCAGCUCGAGCACGUCUUUGGCGACAUGGGCGUGAUCGCCAUCAUCCCGAUGGUCCUGUUCUUUGGCACGGGAAUCCUGAACAAGGAGGACUUCAACAACUUCCUGUGGACGAUCAUCAUCCUCGCUGCGGGGGGUCUGUGUCUCGGCAAAGCCGUGACCUCGUCCGGGCUGCUGCACACGAUUGCCAAGGCGAUCACCGCGCGCGUCGACCACUUCAGUCUGUACGGGGUUCUGAUAGUGUUUUCGGCCCUGAUCCUGGUCGUUGCGACGUUUAUCUCGCAUACGGUUGCGGCGCUGAUCAUGCUGCCACUGGUGCGCCAGAUUGGCGUGGGCAUGGACGACCCGCAUCCGAACUUGCUGGUGAUGACGAGUGCGCUGAUGUGUUCGGUGGCCAUGGCGUUGCCGACGAGCGGGUUUCCCAAUAUGACUGCGAUUAUGACCGAGGUGCCUCAGACGGGUCAACGAUACCUACACGUGCGGCAUUUCUUCACUCGCGGUAUCCCGGCCAGUUUGAUGUCGUUUACGGUGAUUGUGACGAUUGGGUAUGGAUUGAUGUAUAUUGCGGGGUUGUAG